CGAUUACUAUUUUAAAUAGUAGCAUAUAGUCAUAUUUAAGCAGUCUGAAUUGUAAAUACUUCUUAUCUCUUCCUCGGCGGCGCUACGUUCGAGCAAACUCUUUUUAACGCUUAGUUAUCAGACAUCUUAUUAACUGAAAUUCAUCUGUCAUCCAAGAGCGUGCUUGGAACAUGAGGGAGUUCGUUGUCAAUUCAAGCGGAUGGCUCGGAGCCUUCAAAUUCACAUGGCGGACAGGAAGGAAGUCCGCUACAGCCCAGAAAUAUUGAGCAUCGGAACUAGGCGACCAUCUUCGAUGCGCCUUGCUGUUCAUUUGAUUAAUACCGCCUAUAUUGUGCUAAUUACUUGAAAUUUUGGACUUCAACCGCGUCGUUGACAAGUACGGGCGCUGUAUCAGCGGAAAUGCGCAUGGCACAGAAUGUGGAACGAGAUGAGCAGAUUGAAAUGCGGGAACAGAGGAUUGAAGAGCUGGAAGAACGGCUUGGAAUUAAACUCGAGAAGGCGGAUUCGGCAGAGGUUGCGGCCUUGCAGGAAAAUCUUGAGCAAAUCCAAGGCGAGAACGGCAGGCUGAAGCGGGUAAAAGACCGAGCGGAGCGCAACUUGGAAGAUGUGCUUGCCAUCAAGCAAGAAAUACAUAGCAGAGUCGAGAAAUUGGAGGAAGAUCUGAAGCAGUCACGGGCUUGGGAGAACUCGGUCAAGAGCGAUGCGCGUCAGUCAUCUGCCGACGUCAGAAACCUCGAAGCCACCGUUCGAGUCCUUCAGGCUAAGCCUCGACAGGAGCGAGAAAAGAAGUCCGAGGUUGAAGACUCAGUAUACGUAGGUGCUCUUGAGGCACCGACAAGAAGAAAGAUGAAGGCCACGCAAGGCCGGGUGGGAACGAAAGCGAGGGGGCGCAAGACGACAUACCAGCCCAUAGAGAGGAGAUAG